AUGAGUAGUUAUACAGUAGCUGGAUCAGCUGAUAAUGAAGAUACAGCAUUUUGCGAAACCAUAGCUAAUGAAAUUAAGAAGUUUUACAAAAAUAUAGAUUUUAGAAUAAUUAUUAAGCACCCUAAAGAAUGGGAAGAAUAUAUCCAUGAAAUAUGCAGAACUUAUGGAUUUAAGAGAAAAAUAAAUCCUAUUAUCUUUACUUUAGAUGGUAAAUUAAUUGGCGGAAUCGAUCAGUUUAAAGAAAUGGCUGAAUAUAAAUUUGGUAUUGAUACUACCUCUCUUAAGAGUGUUAUCACAACUAAGAUAAAUAUGAACCAAGUAGAAAAAGAAGUAGCAGCAAAGAAAAAACUUAAAAAGGGUAAAAGAACUCUUCAAGAAAAAAUUUAAGACUCUCUUAAGUAAAAAUAUGAAGAUUCUACACUUCAUCCAGUAAAGGGAAUUUUCUUAUCAGAUAUAAAUGAAGGUCUUUAGUUUUAUGUCAAAUACGAAGAGAGAUUGUGCCCUGAAGUUAAGAUAGAUCCUGAAUAAAUUUCUCAUGUUAUCAAAGAAGAAAUUCACCCAGCUGUUGUCGAUAUUUAGCAAAUAGCAGCUAAUGAUAAUUAUCCUCCAGAGGUAAAUGAAGAAGAAGUAGAAAAGAGCUUAGCUGGUUCAAAAAAACAUUAAACAGACAAUUCGUAGAUUGGUAUCACUCCUAGAGAUAUAAAGACUAUUAAUACUCCUCGAGAUAUUAAAUCCAGAGAAACUGAAGCAGUAAAAACUAAAUCUGAUUUUGGUGUCAAUCCCAAUAAAGAAAGCUAAAGUUAAAUUGAAGAGUAACCUUAAUAGAGUAAUGCAGAAAUUUAAAACCCUACUCAACAAAAUAUUCCAUCAACUGUCAUGGAAGGAGAAGAAUAAAACCAACCCUCACUUGUUGAUGCUACUUAACCUGCUAUAUAAGAGACUAAUAAUUAGAUUCAAGAAGAAGUAGUUGAAGUCAAGAAAGAAAAGCAAAAUAAAAAUGUUAUUAUUGAAGAAGUAAUGAGUGUUGAUUCUGAAAUUGCACCUGAAAUAUUUAAUCUUGCUCCUUACAUUAUAAAAAAAAUGAAAGACACCAACUAUUAUCUGUCAUUCCAUCCCUACCCUUUAUUUGAUGGUUAGGUCAUUUUAUUUGAAAAAUAUCCUAACCUAAACCCUGACGACUAUAAGAUAGAAAGUAAUGUUGAAGAAGCUAAAGUAGAACAAGUUUAAAGUCACUUAAACCAACAUAGCAAUGUGAGCAACAAUCACAUUAAUAGUAACAAUAAUCAUUAAAACCAUGAUAGUCGAGUUCACUAAACUCAUCACAGUGAAGAUUAGUAAAAUAAUAACAAUAGUUAAGGUGCUGAUAUUCAUCAUGAUGAGCAGCCAUCUCAACAGUAAAACUUUAGCGUUGAACAAGAAUACAUAGAGUAUGAAUAAACUUCUAUUGAUAUCUUAUUUGAGAAUAAUAAAAAGUUACUCUUAGAUCCAUAAGCUAUAAAUGUUAUAGAUUUUAGUAGAACUUAAAGAGAUAGAAAACUAAGAGAGAAUGGCAAAAAACAAAGAGAACUUUACAAUGAGCAGUAAAAAAAAAUAUAAGAUGGUGCUGAUAAAGAGAAAGAGUUAAAUGCAGAUGAUCAAAAUAAUUAAAAUAUUGGAAAUAUUUUAGAUGAAGAGGAAUUAUUAAUUGCCCCUAUUGAUUAUGAAUUUAAAAGUAGAUGCAGCAGAGAUUGGAUAGACAUUAACAAGCCCUUGUCCAAAUUAGAUUGGAAAAUGAUCAGCAAAGUUAUGAAAAAAAUAUGCUGCAUUAUUACAUAUCAAGUACUCCCAUUUGGUUUCAAAACUCAUCUACCUCUCUCUACAGGCAUAGUGAACCUCUUUUUGAGAAAAUUUAUGAAUUCAAUUCAUACAAAUUAAAGCAUUAUUCCUCACCUCUCAGAUUAAUUAAAUGAAUAAGAGCCUCAUAUAACAAACCUUCCAUUUGAAUAAUCUAUUUUAUUUGAUAAACCUAAAGCAAGAAAAGUUAAAUGCUACCACACAAUCCCGUCAUUGUAAUUUGAGCAUGCUAUCUACUAUUUUAAGGAUCUAAAAAUCAAAAAGAAAAAAUUAAUUAAAAAGUAUAGAAAAAUUGUUGAUGCUCUAUGUGUGCAUCCUGAAGAUAAGCUAAAAAUGGGUUUUAACUUAAUUAUUACUAGACAAUUUAUGCUUGUUGUUCCAUUAAGGAAACCUUACUCUUAUUUCAAUAACACACCUCUUUUCUUACAUCCUUUAGCUUAUCUUGGAUAUCUCCAUCUUCCAAAAUUGGUUCAAAAGUGGCCUACUACAGCUUACUAAAUAGAGGAUUUAACUUCCUCAUUAGAGAGAUUGGCCAUCUCAACUAAAUCUUAUUGA